AUGCCUGGAUGCUGUGCCUAUGGUUGCUCUAAUAGAUCUGAAAAUGGCUUCAUAUUAAAAGUCUUUCCUAAAGAUAAGGUGAGGCGUGCCUUGUGGGCAUCAAAAGUAAAAAGGGACAAGUGGAAGCCAACAAACAAUUCCUAUCUUUGUGAAAGUCAUUUUGAUGAAAGCCAAUGGGAAAAGGUUAGAGUAGAUGGUAAAAAGAAAUUGAAGUUUUCUGCUGUCCCUACAAUUUUUACUCAUCAACCAAUCAAACCAAUUCGAAAAACUCCAGUAAAAAGGUUACAGAACUCAACUCCAAGUCCGAUUAAACGAGCAAAAUCUAAUAUAACUGAGUAUUCUUAUGCGACAAGCCAACAACAAUCGGAACCCUCCUAUGAUAAACCACCAAGUAUAGAUAAUACACAUGCGACAAGCCAACAACAUUUGGAACCCUCCUAUGAUAACCCACCAAGUAUAGAUAAUACAUAUACAGACAUUAAUAUUAUUCCUGAUGACACUUUAGAAAAAGCUGAUAUUUUAAAACAAAUUGAGUAUUUAAAAAAAAAAAUAUCAAAACAAGGCCAAUUAGUACACAAGUUACUUCAAAAUAAUAAUCACACUCUUAAAAUGAAUUACAAACAAAAUAUUAAAUACGCUACAUUUACUAAAACUUUGAAAUCAUUUUUAAACGACAAUCAAAUAGCAUCACUAAGUGUUAAAAAUAAAAAAGGGUUUAAGUGGUCAAAUGCCUCUAUCAAAACAGCAUUACGCUUAAAAUUUGUCUGUGGAUCAAAUGGUUAUGAGGAACUUCUUGCACAAAACAACCCUUUACCAUCUCUUAGAACAAUACGUCGAAAAUUACAAAAAAUAUCAUUUUCCAGUGGAAUUCUUGAAUGUAUUUGA